AUGUCUUCUAACGAGUCACAUACUGUUGGCAUUGUGGGUGCUGGGCUGGUAGGCUGUUUGGCUGCUCUGGCGUUUGCUAAUGAGGGAUUCAAGGUUGAGCUGUUUGAGUCGCGGCCUGAUCUCCGGGACCCAGAUCAGCAGGUCCUUUCGCAAUUGAGAUCUAUUAAUUUGGCGGUUUCUGCUCGUGGAAUCACUGCUCUGAGAUCUGUUGAUGAGGAGAUGGCCGACAGAGUCCUCAAGGACCUCGUUCCUAUGCAUGGUAGAAUGGUUCAUGAUCUCAAUGGAAAGCAGAUUUGCCAGAAGUAUGGGCUCUAUGGAGAGUGUAUCAACUCGAUCAAUCGAUCUCUUCUCAAUCGUUCAUUAUUAGAUGAGCUAGAUAAACUCGAUAAUGUCAAAGUCACCUUUAAUCACAAGCUUAUUCGUUUAGACAAUCUGAAACGUUCAUCUUCUGAUAAUCUCGAAAAUGCUGCUAAUAGUGAAGUAGUCCGUGGACACUUUGUGGGUACCAAGACAAAUGAAUCUUUGACAGUAGAAAAUGUCAAUGUCUGGAUAGGAGCAGAUGGUUCAUACUCUCAAGUACGUUCUCAAAUUCAGAGAGCUUUACAAAUGAACUUUUCUCAAGAAUACAUUGACCACUACUAUCUCGAACUACGUAUUCCUGCUAAGAACGAGACAGCCAAGUCGAGCCACUUUGAUUCGACCUGUCCUGAGGCUGUCGAAGUAGGAACGGAAGCCAAAUUCGCUCUGAAUCCUAAUCAUCUUCAUAUAUGGCCUCGUCAUGAGUACAUGUUAAUUGCACUUGCCAAUUCAGACGGCUCUUUCACAUGUACCCUUUUCGCUCCCAAGAGCCUGUUCGACAAGGAACUGGCUAUUUCAGCGUCGGAUGCUGAUGUAGUUUCUUUCUUUAGGACUAAUUUUCCCAGUGCUAUAGAGCUCAUGGGAGAUGAUCUGCUAUUGGAGUCGUUCAGAAAGAACCCUCGCGGAUCGUUGGUAUGUGUCAAAUGCUCUCCUUAUAAUGUCGGAGGUAAAGCUAUUAUUAUUGGCGAUGCAGCCCAUUCAAUGGUACCAUUUUAUGGUCAAGGUAUGAACUGUGGAUUUGAAGACGUUCGCACGCUCAUGGCUAUUCUCAAGAAGCACGAAUUUGACUUUGAAACCGGUUUCAACGAGUAUACCGAGACCCGCCGCAAGGAUCUGGGUGCCAUUGUCGACCUCUCGAUGCGAAACUAUCAAGAAAUGCGCCACGACGUUACCAGUACUGCAUAUUUGCUCCGCAAGUCUGUAGAUGGAUUCCUGUCGCGAGUCAUGGGCGAUUUCUGGCUGCCACUCUACACGAUGGUCUCGUUCCGAGCAGACAUCCCCUACUCACGAGCUGUCCAAGAACGCCAAUGGCAAAACGACAUCCUCACCUGGGUCAUUCGAGCCUCCGUCGGCACCUCUCUCCUCGCAGGCACUGCCCUAUGGCACGGCAGACUGUUCAACACCCUCAGCUCUCUUUACUCUAGACUGACUCGUUAG